AUAUGAAUCAAUGAGUCAAUUUCAUACUAGAUUAGACAUUCUGCUACUGAUGUGGACAAAAUUUGCAUUCUUCUGAAUCUGAAAUAUCGUGGAAAACAUAAUGUUGCGCAUAUUCUUUAUGGCAUUUUAUCUGUGUACAAACAUUUAUAUUUGUCGAACUGAAGAACUAUGCGACUGUGAUUGUGAUUUUGAUGCCAAAAUCGACUACUGGAGUAACUUAACCAAUCAGGUUGCCCAGUACAACGAACUGAGCGCCACCCUGGCCGAAAUCAAGAAACAGCUGGCGGUGGAGACCAGAAACCUUUCUUCUUUCCUCAAUUCAAAGCGAAGUGCGACCGACAACCGGGAAUCUGCUGUCUUUACUGGGAUCGUUGGAGCAUCAUUUAUUGUGUUCGCUAGUAGUGCACUCAUUCUUAUAGAUUUAUCAAGGCUUAUAAUAUACAGUCAACGAAAAAAAUGAUGAACAUGUAAUUGAUUUAUGUAAAUAAAUACACUU